CAUAAAACAUUUGUUGCAGAUAACACAUUCACUCAUUGCUAUAAAGUUGUACCAGUUCUACUUCUCUCCAUUGCAGUGUAGUGGAAAAAAAAAUGGAUGCAAAAGAUGAAGAUUUAAAGUCUCGGGCUGUUCAACUUCAUGAGCAUGACGAGGAGAGUUUGACUUACACAAGGGAUGGUUCAGUUGAUUUUUAUGGAAAACCAGCUUUGAAUGACAGGACUGGUGGAUGGAAGAGUGUUACAUUGUUGUUAGUGAAUCAAGGACUGGUUGCAUUAGCUUUCUCAGGAGUGGAGGCAAAUUUGGUUCUCUUCUCAAAGUUAGUUUUGAAACAAAGUAAUGUUGAGGCUGCAAACACUUUUAGCAUAUGGAUGGGAACUACCUAUUUCUUCUCUUUACUUGGAGCUUUACUUAGUGACUCAUAUCUAGGAAGAUAUCUCACUUGCAUAAUAUUCCAAAUUGUGUUCAUCAUAGGACUGGUGCUAUUAUCUUUUUCAACUCACUUCCUUUUACUUAAACCUCAGGGUUGUGGACAAAUAGAAUUACCAUGUGAAUCAGAUACACACAAUCAAUUUCCAAUAUUUUACAUAUCAAUAUAUCUAAUUGCUCUAGGAAGUGGAACUGCUGAUCCUGCAAUAGCAACAUUUGGUGCUGAUCAAUUUGAUGAGGAAGAACCUAAAGAACAAAGAUCAAAGGCAUUAAUUUAUGGAUACUUUUAUGUGGCACUGAAUUUGGGAUCUUUGGUGGCUGAGACUGUAUUAGCUUACAUAGAGACUACAGGACAUUGGGUGCUUGGAUUUUGGAUAUGUACUGGUUGUGCAAGUGUUUCCUUUCUUGUGUUGUUGAGUGGAACUCUUAGAUACAGACACUAUAAGACUUUUGGAAACCCUUUUUCUAAGUUAACAAAAGUAGUUGUGUCCUUUUUGAGGAAAAUGAAAUUUCAAAUAAACUCAAUUGAAGAAGGACUCUAUGGUAUUGAAGGGGACGAUACUUGUGUUCGGAGAAUGCACCACACAAAUGGCCUAAGGUUUCUUGAUAGAGCUGCUAUUGUUUCUCAUGAGGCAAAUGAGAUGUUGCUAGGAAAAGGCCAAAAAUCAUACAAAUGGAAUUUUUGCAGUAUAACGCAAAACGAAAGGAUGAAAUAUAUUUUAAGAGUUUUACCAAUAUGGUUUUGCACCAUCUUCUCCUCUAGUGUCUUCAUACAAAUGCUUUCUCUUUUUGUUGAGCAAGGUUCAACAAUGGACACAACAUUUUUAAAGUUUCAAAUCCCUCCUGCAAGCAUGACAGCAUUCGAUAUCAUAAACACAUCGACAUUCAUAAUCUUAUUCGAUGUUCUCAUCAUUCCAUUGUAUGUAAAAGUGAUGAAAAGGUCUCCAAAACUUCCUAGCGAGCUUCAAAGUAUCGGCAUCGGUUUCGCCAUCGCAACAAUAACAUUGAUUGUUGCUGGUUUUGUAGAGAAGAAAAGACUCAUUUUUGCUAGUGACAAUGGUGAAGAGACAAGUUCUUUGAGCAUUUUUUGGUUGAUACCACAGUACAUGCUUUUAGGAGUAGCAGAAGCUUUUGUAUCAGUUGCGCAAAUGAACUUUUUCACAUCACAAACACCCGAUGGAUUGGAAAGCUUGGGAAUGGGGCUAUCUAUGUUUUCAUCAGCACUUGGUUGUUAUGUUGGUAACAUUAUUUUGACUGUGGUGAAUAAAAUUACAUCAAGUCAAGGACAACAUGGAUGGGUUUCACCUAAUCUAAAUGAUGGUCAUUUAGAUCGGUAUUACUUUUUGAUAGCAUUUUUAAUAGUUAUUGUCUUGAUGUUGUAUAUUGUAUGUGCCAAAAGAUACAAGGGCAUAUAAUUAUAGAAUAGAUAAGAGCAAUUAGAGGGAGUUGUAAUUUGAUUUGAUAGAAUGGAGGGAAAAUGUUUUGGUAGACUAUUCAUUGACAGAAUAAAAAGUUAAGUAGAUUAUCAUGUUUGUCAUGGGAAUUUAGUAUA